AGAGAUUGGAGGGGUCAGUUUGUGUCGGGCCGAGCGAGCCGAGCGACAUGCUGCUGUGGACGUGUUUCGCCGCGGGGCUGGCCGUGCUGGCCAAGCUGCUGCUGUCCCCCCGGGACCCGGAGCCCGUCUUCGGGAAGUACCAGCAGCCGGGGAAGUGGUUCUGGCUCAAGUACGUGUUCAUGAGGAUAAUGCUCUGGCUGAACAAGAAGCGCGCGCGGACUUCCGCCGACAACGCAGUGCACCCCCUCGUCGACAAGGAGCGGCUGCAGCCCCUGAGCGACGACCCACUGGCCUUCGACGCCAUCUUCUUCAUCGCCUGCGACAUGAACGGCAUGUACCUCAUCGUCGGCAGCGAGCGGAGACACCACAACAUCAUAAACUCCCCCAUCUACCUCUUGGUGCCCGGCCUGGGACUCCUCAAGCACAAGAAGCUCCCCGACACCUGCCUGUUCGGGGCCACGGACGACGCGUACGGCGCGGAGGGCAUCCGCAUCCAGCCGGUGGAGCCCCUCAAGACCUGGCGGGUGGAGUUCGACGGGGUCAUGCAGCUGAGGGAAGACCCGAGCAAGGAGUUCCCCGUCAAGCUCAGGGGGGUCUGGAGCGGCGGCUGGGCGCCCUUCGACUACGACACGGACCUGCACCCGCACUCCAUGGCCAAGAUCAUCGCGGUGGAGCCCUGGAGCAGGGAGUACUUCCAGCGGCUCAAGAGUGCCCAUCAGUCCCAUUACGAGCAGAUGGGACACCUGAAGGGGUCGGUGCAGAUCGGAAACGACCUCCACCAGCUCAACCUCAUGUCCAUGCGCGACCACAGCACUGGCCCAAGGCGGGAUUUUGACCUGCUGUACCGCUACGCGUUCUACAUGAUGUUCUUCGAGGACGGCUCCAUGUCAAGCAUCAUCGUCGUGAACCAGCCCUGCAGCGUGUCCACGAUGGAGUCCGGGUACGUGUGCCUGCCCGGCGGCCAAGUCCACAACAUGCAGUGGUGCGACUUGAAGCUGUACCAGCACGGCGAGGACGGCGAGCCCCCGAAGGACCACGCCUUUAGCUUCAGUGCAGGCGGCAAGACGUACGUGGUGAAGGUGCAGGGCGUGGACGUGGCGGCGCACUUCGUGGGCUGGCAGUGGGAGGCCAAGAUCAUCGAGAUGUUCUCCACGUUCGAGAUGAACGGCGUCCGCGGCCGCGGCCUGUCCGAGUUCCACUACCACAACUCGAGCGGCAGGCCGGCCGAGGCGGCCGCCAGCGACCCGGCGUGGUUCGCCGAGGUGGUGCGCCAGGCGUACGCCAACCCCUCGCCGCACUCCCUGCGGGGCCAGCGGCCGCGCUUCUACGACUGGGCGCAGAGGCAUUAAACGGCUAGCAAGGCUAAA